CCCGACAAAAUGGUUUCAGCUUCCCCGCCUUUCAAAAAUUUGUCAUCACAACUGAAGAUUGCGUUUCGACAAUCGAGAGUGUUUUGGCGCCAGAGCAGGUUUAGAAUGGCCGCAACAGCAAUAAAUAUCGACUUCCCGAGUGAAAUUGUUCUCAGUGUCUACUCCUCUCAUCAGUAUGGCGGAACAAUUGUCGGCGUUAUUGACCGGAUGGAAACUGCCCGCCCCGGUGGUGAAUGCUUUUAUCGGUGAGUAGGGUCAUGGUCAAAGUGUUUGUCUGUUAUGAUUGUUAGGAUUUGUCAUAUUCAUCGUAAGACGGACCCAAGGUUUUUUUUCCUUGUACUGUGUCAUAGUGUCUCUUUUGCUGGAGUAAAUGUGAAAUUGAUAGAAUCGCGUGUUAAUGAGAGUUGUUUGAGUCUUGCAAAGAUUAGCCUAGAUAGCGAGAGGUUAUGUCGUUCGUUGCGGCCGGCAUGUCAGCUGUUCAAUCGAGAAGUGACACUUCACUCUUAAACAAGCGAGUAAUUGUGCUCUGAUCAUUCCUUUUGCCGAUAGUUAUUAGCUGCUAUGAUUUUUGUUCGGGCUAAAUGCUAAGCAACACUUUCCAAUUCCUUGUUUAAGAUCCCCUACAAAAUGUUCCGACGUUGCACACUUGUGUCACAAGGUUAUGUGAAAUAAUAUGUGCGCGCCCCGUUGACUUUGUUGAAUUUGCUAAUCGUGAGUUGGUGUGCAAGUAAGUAGAGGCUAUGUUUGUUUCAGAGCAAGAUUGGACUAUUGACUCUUCAAAGCUAAUUGGAGAGGAUGCUGUCAAAACACUUAUAACAAAGGAAGGUCCAAGGGCUAUAUUUUUUCAUCAUUUCCAUUUGUGGAAGCAUUCUAACAACUCAAAUGAUGAUUUGUUAACUGAUGAUGAGGAUGAUGACACCGCCAUAACAACAGAUCAAAGAAGAGGAAGCUUGAUUCUGCUCAACUCCAGGCACUUCUUGCUGAACCUGACAUUAACGAUCUCCACAAGACUUUGAAAGCAUCACUGCCUGGACCUAUGGUACUAGGUCACUAUAAAGCCAACAAGGGGCUUGACCACUACUCGAGAGACCUGCUGUGUUCCCAGGUUCUUUUUAAAGAGCUUGAAAAUGACUUCAACAAAAAGUUUGAAAGAGUUAAUUAUUAUACCAUGGCUACUGAAAUUGUAACGCUCUUUCCAACAGAGAGUAAGGAAACUUGGUAUGACGUCGUAAAAAAAGGUAAUUCUUCCACUGUGCAAGGCCGACUGCGGUACAAGUAUUAUUCCAUUCGACGUGGCCUCCUUAAAUCUCAAUUGAUACUAGGAUGCAAUGAAGAAAACCCUGAUGCUACUGCUCACGCAACCUUUACUGAUCUUAGUGAAGAUGCAGAUGACCCCUCGUUUAUGUGGCUGCUAGAAAAUUAUCAACCUUGGGAUGAAGUCAUUGAGAAGUGGCAGGAAACUCAUCUUCGAAGAAAGAAACAUCUUCUAUUGACUAAAGAAUUGUUCUACUACAUUGACAAGUUUCCCGCCCUAAAGCAGCCACUGGGUUGGAAAUUGCUACGUAUGUUCUCAGCUAUUACUCUUUGGUGGUUCCUAAUUGCUAUGUGGCUUGCUUCUGAUGGGAUCAAAGAGCAACCAAACCUUGAGAAUCCAUUAAGGGAGCUUUGGGUGGAGUACUCCAGGAUCAUUUUGAUUCUCAUUAGGCAGGAACAGCCUAAGUUUCUUAAAGGGCGUAAAUUUUCAUCCCUGACUUCUGUUUUCACAGCUGACGUGAUUAUCUGCUAUAGUGAACAACGCUUGGCUCUUACAGACAGAGAUUAG